AUGGAAGGCGAUCAACUGGAUUUUGAAGACCCGUCUACAUCGUGCCUUGAAAAGAGUGACUCUACCAGCCAAAGUCCGACCAUGUGUCCUGUUGUAUUGGAGACAGCAGAACAAGAAUUGAUAGCAGAAGAAUCUGCACCAACCACAGAUUCAGAUGAAAUUGGAGUAGCUAACAUUGAAAUGAAAAAUGUAUUUAAUCUUCAUUUAGUUGAUAGUACAUGUACAGACCAAGAUAUUUAUUCCGAUGAGAGUCCUUUACCCGGUGACUGGGUUAAUGAUGAUUGGACGGAUAAUCCUAGUGAACAAGAAGAUGCUUCUAAUGCUAAUGGUGUUAUGCGAAAACGAAAAAUAUCAAAUUCCACAUUAACGUCUGAAGAUUUUCCGUCCAAAAAACAAUAUUAUGAUCAAAACAAUUUGAAUCUUGAAAGACUGACGCCUAGAUUGGCUGAUAAUGAAUUAGAUAAAAUUGAUAAAAUAAAGAUUCGUCGAAGUUGUAUACCGUCCAAAGAUGAUCCUCCUGAAGAAAUGAUGGAAUGGCUAAAAACUUUUUCGAAAUGGUCAAAUGCGGAAAGGAUGUUAGCUAUAGAUAUGUUGGUGGAUGAAUGUGAACCUACUCAAGUUCGUCAUAUGUUACAGCUUAUUGAACCACAGUUCCAACGAGACUUUAUUUCUCUACUUCCUAAAGAAUUGGCAUUAUAUGUUUUGUCAUAUUUGGAACCCAAAGACUUGUUAAAAGCAGCUCAAACAUGUCAUAGUUGGAGGUUUUUAUCUGAAGACAACUUACUAUGGCGUGAAAAGUGCCAAAACGUUAGCAUACCUUUGACGGACCCGUCUACUAUUAAGUGUUCAAAAAAUCGCAGUGUUACCUCACCGUGGAAGUCUUCAUACAUGAGACACCAUGCAAUUGAAAUGAAUUGGAGAGUAAAACCAAUAAGAAUGCCAAUAAUACUCAAAGGCCAUGAUGAUCAUGUUAUUACAUGUUUACAAUUUUGUGGAAAUCAGGUUGUUAGUGGUUCUGAUGACAAUACACUUAAAGUUUGGUCAGUUCUAACUGGAAAAUGUUUGCGUACAUUGGUUGGGCAUACUGGUGGUGUAUGGUCAUCACAAAUGGCUGGUAAUGUUAUAAUUAGCGGUUCCACUGAUCGCACUUUAAAAGUCUGGAACGCAGAAACUGGUCAAUGUACACAUACAUUGUAUGGUCACACUUCAACAGUUCGUUGUAUGCAUUUACACGAAAAUAAAGUUGUAAGUGGAUCGAGGGAUGCAUCACUCAGGUUAUGGGAUAUUAAAACGGGUCAAUGCUUGUCUAUAUUCCUUGGUCAUCAGGCUGCUGUACGUUGUGUCCAAUAUGAUGGGCGAUUAAUAGUUAGUGGUGCUUAUGACUACCUAGUCAAAGUAUGGGAUGCAGAAAGUGAAAUUUGUUUACAUACAUUAUCUGGUCACACUAAUCGUGUAUAUUCUUUACAAUUUGAUAGUACUCAUGUUGUUAGUGGAUCUUUAGAUACUAGCAUACGAGUAUGGGAUGUAGAGACUGGUACAUGUAAGCACACUUUAAUGGGACAUCAAUCAUUAACAUCUGGUAUGGAGCUAAGAGAUAAUAUCUUAGUGUCUGGAAAUGCAGAUUCUACGGUCAAAGUAUGGGAUAUACUUACUGGACAAUGCUUACAGACGUUGUCGGGUUCAAAUAAACAUAAUUCUGCAGUUACAUGUUUACAAUUUAAUACUAGAUUUGUGGUAACCUCUUCCGAUGAUGGGACUGUGAAAUUGUGGGACGUAAAAACUGGUGAAUUUAUUAGAAAUCUAAUUGCACUAGAAAGUGGUGGUAGUGGUGGGGUUGUAUGGCGAAUACGUGCAAAUGAAACAAAGUUAGUAUGUGCAGUAGGCAGCCGCAAUGGCACCGAAGAAACCAAAUUAUUUGUAUUGGAUUUUGACGCUGACUACAAGUAA